GACGCUUCAAGUGACUCCGUUCGAUCAGUGAUCGUUGGUGAUUCUGUUCGUAACUGUUCCUAAUAUAUUGUGAUGACAAAGUGUCGAAUGCUGUAUCUUAUUUGAGGAUCGUCCGUUUUGUCGUCGAUGAAUCUCGCGCAGUGUUAAUCUCGUUCAAGAUGAAUCAACAGUGCAAGGUGUGCGGCGAACCCGCGGCAGGCUUCCACUUUGGCGCGUUCACCUGCGAGGGCUGCAAGUCCUUUUUCGGGAGAUCCUACAAUAAUCUGAGCAGUAUCUCCGAAUGUAAGAAUGGCGGGGAGUGCGUCAUCAAUAAAAAGAAUCGAACAGCUUGCAAGGCCUGUCGUCUAAGGAAAUGCCUGCUCGUGGGCAUGUCGAAAUCAGGUUCGCGAUACGGACGUAGAUCGAACUGGUUCAAAAUUCACUGUCUGCUGCAGGAACAGCAACAGCAGCAACAGCAGCAGCAACAACACUACCAACAGACCCUAUCUAACCAACCACUUACGCCACAACGAAAACCAAUGAGCCCGCCUAUCGGACUCCACCCAGGCCAACGAAAGGACGACGUGCUGAUGCUAGGCCUGGACGACUACAAGAACUCCACUUCCCCUAGCAUUAGCUCCCCCGAAUCGCACAACAGCGACAGUUCUGUGGAAAUAUCCGAAAGAAGAGCAGCCUUCUCGGGGCAUCCAGGCUUCAGACCCCUACAUUCGCAGUUGCAACCCUCGGUCGCCGAUCUUUCGGCGCUCAGCAAAGAAAUGAUGAGUUUACCCCUCGGUUUUCACCUCGGUGGGAUGUCCUUGAUUCCACCCGCCUUCCUACCACCGCCAAGUCUCACCAUGUUCUCACCCUAUCAUUUAUACGCCACGUCCCACGGGGCUUCCCAUCCCUUGGUACCCAACCAUUCUUCCAAUCUACUUCGACACUCGCCCGUGAUCGAGGAUACGAGCAGUACGAUCAGUACCGCAACCACCACCACUACCACGACGAUAAGUAUCGAUAGCAAAGACUCGUGUGGAAAUAAUAAUAAUAACAAUAAUAAUAAUAACGAUAGAUAUGCGCAUAACAAUAAUGUGCAAACGAGGCAGAGUUCGAAUGAAGAGAUCGGAGAAACCUACACCAAACGAUUCUAUUUGGAUGCGGUGUUAAAAAGUCAGAGAACACAGGAAGGUUCUACAGCGGCGUCUACGAAGGAACAUUCCGAAAACGAUUCACCAAUAUGCAGCCCGGGAUUGGAAACGGAUUGUCCACCUCCGCAGGAUAAUCCCAUAGAUCUGUCCAUAAAGUCGGCCCCCACUUCCGUCACCGAGGAAACGGAAGAGGACGAAAUCGACAUGGAGAACGUGAGCGAUCGGGACAGCCCUCCUCUGAAAAGGAAGUCGGUGCCUAUAGAUCUAACAACGAGAUCCUAGAGAAGGCAAGACACUCUCGUUCUACGAAACAUCGUUUAUCCGCUCAGAAAACAAACGGAAUAAGUGGAUUUCGAGCGUAAGGAAAAGUAGUUAAUCGAUAUGUCGGAUUGCCAAAUACGACUGGUGAGAAAGGGACUCGUGAUAUCGUAAUCAAUUACAUUCCCCUUUCUCCUCCCUCCCCCCUUCCGGAUCAUGUCAAUCAGGAAGACUCAGUGGGUUCGAAUAGUCGAGCAAAAUUCCCAGAAUCGUACAUUAUUUUUAAUUGCGUUCUCAGAGCAAGAAUUACCGGAUAGAUUUUGAUCGAGCUCGCGGAGACAAAUCAUUCGCGCCGAAUAGUUAAACGCAAUUCGCGCCAGCCUCGUAAUUCCCGGCAUAAAUAUCCGUGCCAGUUGGAAGAAUGAAGGAUUAACGUCUCAAUUCCGGGUAAUCACGGCGAGGAUCGCGAGUCGCCGAUCGAUGGCUUGUUGCGCAAAAGCCAAUCGACUUUAACGAGAGUCCUCCGCUUUAAUUAACGAGCGCGCGCGCUCGUGCGGUAAUCACGUAAGACGGAACGAGACGGAGAUAGGGUGAGAUGGUGCGGUGAGGAGAGAGAUAAAGGGAGGCCAGACAACCGGCGUCUGACGCGUUUGCAGAAGCGGGAGAGCGACCACGGUGCAACCGUGGUGCAUCGGUUGAUAAACACGUCAAACUGCGGGGUGCACGUGUUCGGAACGUGCGUUACAAACCGGUGUACACGUGUAGAACGUUGCCAACCGCUUUAUCUUACAAGCGUUCGACGCCUGCCAAUGUAAACGCCUCCGUCGCUGCAGCUUUGCCACUUCUUCUCUCUGCUUUUGUCCCACGUCUAUUUAUUACAUCCUUGCGGUUGAGGAAUUUUCGAUGAUGAUACGAAGAUCGUAAUCGCAGGAGAGCCGGAUGUGUUCGCCGGAUGUCCAUGACGAAUCCAAUGAAUGUAGCUUGGAGAGGGAGAGAAUUUCUCGCGCUUCUUUUCCUUUCCGAGGAUCCUGUUCUCGUUGAAAUUGUGUGGACGAUACUUUUCCAAUCUUCGUUGGCCAAUCCUCCAGAUUCCUCGAACACAGAUUUGCUUUUAUUAAGAUAUUAAGUCAUGUGCGAUCCGAGUCGCUUAAAAAAAAUGCUUUUUAAUUCCGCGGGAUCGCUCGAUCGUGUUUGAUCGAUCCUUGAGAGAUCCGGGAAAUUUCCGGAUGCAAGCAAGAUAUGACGAUUUCGAGACAAUAAAGAAUACUAUGUAUUUAAUCGUCUUCAACCGGUCUUCAACCUUAUAAUCGUUUAUAUAAGGUAUGAUGUGUAAAUAUCAAGCGAGAACGAAGGUAUUUUUUUCGCGUUUCUAUUAAUCGUGAUAUUAAAUUUUUACAGCGCAACGAAAAGUAAUGGUAUCUCGAUACUUUUCGUUAUGAAAGUAGUCAAUAAAUGGCCAGUACUUUGUUUAAUGAAAUUGUUGAUUAUAUUAUCGAUAUCGAAUACGUGCAAUCGUAAAUGAAUUUUAUUUAAUUAAUAUCUAUGUUCGUACACGGACACGCUGUAAUUCCAUUUACCCAAGUAUAACAAAUAAGAUGGGGACGAAAAUGUAAAUAAUAGCUAGGCAAGAUUUGUGUGAAUGGGACCAGGGCCAGUACUUACUUGUAUAUAGCUAAUAGAUAAUAAACUAAUGAAUUACAAUGCUCGAAAUAAUUAGAAAAUGUGAUCAAAUAUUAGGAAUAAAAAACAUUAUGCAUAUGUUAUAAAUUACAAAAUUGGUUACCAGAUAUAUCAAUAAGUAAUUCCCUAAUUAAUUUGAGCAAUGUAUUUAACGAAUUUAAACAAUUAUGUAAAUCAUUUUUCCUUAAGAAUGAAUUCAUGAAUUUAUCAAUGAAAUACAUAUGAUAUCAACAUGAUAUUUUUCAUGCAUUUCUAAACAUAUACUAAAACUCUGCUUUAAACUAAUGCCUAUUGAUUAUAAACCUAUGCUAUAUUUCACAAGUAAAGUACAAGUCUAUAAAUCCCAGGGCCCUUAUAUUUGUAAAUAUAAAUUACUUUUAAAAGACACAGUGGAGAUUGCAGUAUAAAAUUUUAAUCAGAAAAUAUUAGCAACGUUUAUACUUAAUUUACUUUGUUGAUUGAUAAAUACUUUUUAAAGCGAUUUUGUGAAAAUUUUUAACGCAAUAACCAUUAACUAAUAGAAUUAGCAAUUUAUUAGGAAUACCAAUCACUGCCACUUCAAUUAGUUAAAAUGUAAAAUUAGAAUGAAUUAUUGUACAGAAUUUUGGUACAAAAAAAUUACAAAUUACAUAUUAGCAAA